UUUGGUUUGGACUUGAAGUUGAGCACUGUCAUGUGUUACUGACGCUGCUCGCGAGAAACUGGACAUUUGAGGCAAUGACUUGUGGGCUUUUCUAUUGAAGCUUUUUCCUCCCAGAUUAUUUAUGGAUUUCUAAAUUAACUUUCAUAUUAAAUGUAUUCUUUCGUCAGCCUAUAACAUUUUUGAAGAAUGUUAAACAUUGAUAUGCUAAGGAAAAUGUAAGCAGAUUUCUUUGAGAUAGCUGCAAAACUUUUUUACAAACAGUUGUUCAAAAAGUAUGCAAGUAAGUAGUUUUACCCUUUGUUUUAAACAGAUAUAUGGACCAAACUGUGGUUACUGGCAUGGUUACGGUAUCAAUCAAUAACUGAAUGUUCCUGUCUUAUCAUAUCUUAAACCCACUAACCGGCGUUCUCUCCUGCUGAUACAACACUUCUGUUCAGUCCCAUCAUUGUAUGGGCUUUGUGACCACAAUCCUACAUUUGGGCUGGAAUGAGAAGGGGACCAAAGUGAAGAUCCUCUGACUGGGCAUGCUAAACUUAAUUUUUGAAGUGUUCUCAGACAUGCUUAAUUCCCCAAAUACAAAAAGAAAAAGCAUUGUCUGUUAUUUACCUUUGUGGACUCAACCCACAGCGUUAUUAUAUUUCCUUGAAAAUGAGCAAAAAUAAGCAAAUAGUGAGUAAAAUCGGUUUUGACCUCCCUUACAUGGGCAGAUGUUCUACCAUUGUGUCAUUACUUCAUGCAAAACAUACAACAAAUUAAGCAGCAAAGGAGAUACAUUUUUACAUAUUUUUGACAGAUGCCUGGAAUCUCUUGAGCAAACAUUACCAUUUCGUUUAAUCAAUUCUUGUUUUGCUAUUCCAUUAGUCAGAAAGCGCUAGACGGGGAGGGGUGGGUGGAGGCAAGGAGAGGGGAGACGGGCCCCUCCCACCUCUAGUAUAAAGGCUCCCGUCUGGCGUGUACAGACUAUUAGCCCAGUGUCACAGCUGCCUUUCAGCACCAACAGCAACUUCAACAAGCCUGUGGAAUACUCACUCCAAGCUCUCUCUGCGAACAGCUUACUCAUCCAAGUGAAUGAUUCAAGGAUUUCAGGCAGGAGACAAAAUGAAACUGAUCUUUCAGUCCUUCCUCUGUAGCUGUCUGCUGGCCACAGUCGCACACAGCGUGGAAUUUGAAAUGAGCCCCGAGUUGAAAAAAAGGUUAAGUGUGUGGAUGCAGAGCAGAUUGAGAAGGGAUCUCAACAGCGUCUCUGAGAGGGGAGCAGAGUCCGGGCAGUUUGUCAGACCGGAGGACUUCAGGGACACGCUGACCCCACAUUCCAGCACUGACUUCAGCGUCAGAACCAAGCGGUCCAAGAACUCCGUCAACCAGUACAGGAGGCCAGGCUGCUCCCUGGGUACCUGCACGGUCCACGACCUGGCUCACCGCCUGCACCAGCUCAACAACAAGCUGAACAUCGGCAGCGCCCCCAUGGACAAGAUCAGCCCCAAUGGCUACGGGCGCAGACGCCGCUCCCUGCCCCAGCGCCGGGCCACGUUGAGGCUGGAGGGAGGCAGGCUAAGGCCCACGUGGAGCAGCACCUCGCGGGCGCACAGGCUGGAGGCUCUCCUCCGACGGACCUGAGCGGGACUAGCCGGGUCGU